UGUGUGUGCGAGCCUGGUGAGAGCACAGGAGGAAACACAUGGUCAGGCACGCAGAUCAACUGCAUAAUAUAGAUCAAAAUAUUGUAUUAAACAUCUGCCAGCUUUACAUCCUAAUUUAAUAUAGUAUAUUUUAAUAAUCCGACGAGUUAUCUUUGUUCGUUCAUCAUGUCUUUGCUGUGCUACAACAAAGGUUGCGGACAACGAUUUGACCCAGACAACAACCCUGGUGAUGCCUGUACCUUUCACCCUGGUGUGCCUGUUUUUCACGAUGCUCUUAAGGGCUGGUCCUGCUGCACGAGACGCACCACAGACUUCUCAGACUUCCUCAGCAUAGAGGGCUGCAGCAGAGGUAUCCAUAACAGAGAGAAGCCAGCGGAGCCGAUCAGGCCGGAGGUGACAAGCUCAGAGGGGAGGAGAGAGAAGGGAGAGGAGCUAAAGCCUCGUGGUGACCCCUAUAUUAUCCAGGCUCCUAAACCACUGGGGCUAAUACACAGACCCAGUGGUGAUGAGCCCCUGGUCAGACUUCAGCAGAAGGUGUCCUCCUCUCUAAGGCAUGCUCUGGAGAAACUCCAGCUGGCAGAGAGCAGCCAGCCUGGCAACACAGAGGAAGAGGGGGAGGAGGUGAAGAUCGGCACAUCCUGUAAGAAUGGAGGCUGCUCCAAGUCUUUCUCUGGUCCAGGGAGUAACAAGGAGAAGUGUAAUCACCACCCUGGAGUCCCCAACUUCCACGAGGGGAUGAAGUUCUGGAGCUGCUGUAGGAGGAAGACGUCUGACUUUAACUGUUUCCUGGCCCAGGAGGGCUGCACCACAGGAAGUCACCUCUGGAGGAAACCAGACAAGGGGAUGAAGGUGGUACCGUGUAGGUUUGAUUGGCACCAGACUGGCAGCCAGGUCAUCAUCUCGAUCUAUGCCAAGAACUCUCUACCAGAGCUCAGCUAUGCAGAGGCCAACGGCACCACGGUGAACAUUCGUGUGGUCUUUGAGGGAGAGAAGGAGUUUGAGCAGAAGAUCAACUUAUGGGGGGUGAUAGAUGUGAGUAGCAGCGUGGUGAACAUGAUGUCUUCUAAGAUGGAGAUCUCCAUGGGGAAGGAGGAGCCAACCACCUGGGCCCGUCUGGACCUGCCCUCUCCCACAGAAACGCCCACUGGGGGCAGGGAACAGAAAGGGGGAUGCAUAGAACUAGACAGAGAGAAUGAAAUAUAGCACACGGUACAUAUGUUUUAAUGAACCUGUACCCUGUUGAUGAUGGGCUGAGAGCAGUAUGUAUAAAGUACAUAGCCUGGACUUUCUGUAUUUAUUUGUAGAAUUUCACUGGGCGCUAGUGACACCAAAUGUUCCAAGACAAUUACAUUCUAUUCAGAAUCCAGAGGCUAAACUUCACUGCACUGAAACACUGUCUGAAGGCACCUCCCCUAUAUUUCUACUACCUCCCCUAUCUUCUCAACUGAGAAGAGAUGCAGGCAGCUAUCACCAUAGCAACCCUCAUCAGGAUCUGUAGCUGUAGCUAAUGAGCAAUUAGGUACAGCGAGUCAGAAUGUCAACAGUUCUCGAGCACACACACACACACACACCAGAGGAGGCUGGUGGGAGGAGUUAUAGGAGGACGGGCUCAUUGUAAUGGCUGGAAUGGUUUCCAUAUAUGUGAUGUGUUUGACACCUUUUCAUUUAUUCCACAGACACACACACAGAUCAGUCCUCCUGUUGUUUGUCAAGUGCAUUUGAGACUAUUUGUGCCAUUUAUUGAUAUCAGUUGCCUUCCAGCAAAUAUAACCUGUCAAAUAAAGUUAUCUUACCGUCCCAUUCA